AUGACAGAAGCUUCUACCACAACAGAAACUGCAACCACAACAGAAGGUGGUACCACAACAGAACCUGCAACCACAACAGAGGAAGAAGCUACCACAACAGAAGAUGCAACCACAACAGAAGAAGCUACCACAACAGAAGGUGCAACCACAACAGAAGCUGCAACCACAACAGAAGCUACUUCUAACAAAGCUGCUACAACAACUAAAGCUGAAACUACACUAGAAGCUGAUACCACAACAGAAUCUGCAACCACAACACAAGCUGCAACCACAACAGUAGCAGCUGCUUCCACAACAGAAGCUGCAACCACAACAGAAGCUGCUACCACAAGAGAACUUACAACUGAAACCACAACAGAAGCUGCUACCACAACAGAAGCUGCAACUACAACAGAAACUGAAACCAGAACAGAAGCUUCAACCACAACAGUAGCAGCUGCUUCCACAACAGAAGCUGCAACCACAACAGAAGCUGCUACCACAAGAGAAGCUGCUAUCACAACAGAAGCUGCAACUACAAGAGAAGCUGCUUCCACAUCAGAAGCUGUAACUACAACAGAAACUGAAACCACAACAGAAGCUGCAACCACAACAGAAACUGCAACUACGACAGAAGCUCCAACUACAACAGAAGCUGCAACUUCAACAAAAGCUUCUACCACAAUGGAAGCUGCAACCACAACAGAAGCUGCAACCAUAACGGAAGCUGUAACCACAACAGAAGCUGCAACUACAACAGAGCCUGCUACCACAACAGAAGCUGCAAGUACAACAGAACUUGCAACCACAACAGAACCUGCUACCACAACAAAAGCUGCAACCACAACGGAACAUGUAACCACUACACAAACUAUAACCACAACUGAAGCUGCAACUACAACUGAAGCUGAAACUACAACUGAAGUAUCAACCACAACAGAAGAGGUAACAAUGACGGAAGCUGCAACCACAACGGAAGAAGCUGCAACCACAACAAAAAUUGAAACCACAACGGAAACUGCUACCGCAACAGAAGCUGCUACCACAACUGGAGCUGUGACCUCAACAGAAACUGAAACCACAACAGAAGCAUUAGCUGAAACCACAACUGUGACUGCAACUAGAACUGAAUCUGCCACACAUGCUGUAACCACAACAGAAGCUGCUACCACAACAAAAGCUGGUAACAAAACUGAAGCUGCAAUCACAACAGAAGCUGUAACUAAAACUACAACUGCAACAGAGGCUGCAACCACUAUUGAUGCUUCCACAGAAGCUGCAACUACAACUAAAGCUGCAACUACAACUGAAGCUGCAACAACAGAAGUUUUUGCUUCAAGAGAAGUUGCUACAACUGAAACUGCUACCACAACUUUAGCUGCAACCAAAGCAGAAGCUGCAACCGCAACAGAAGCUGCAACCACAUCAUUAGCUGCCACAACAACUGAAGCUGCUACCAAAACUGAAGCUACAAUCACAACAGAAGCUGUAACUGAAACUGCAACAGAGGUUGUAACCACUAUUGAUGCUGCAACAGAAGCUGCAACUACAACUAAAGUUCCAACCACAACUAAAGCUGCCACAACUGAAGUAUUUACUACAACAAAAGUUACUACAACUGCAGGUGUUACUACAACUUUAACUGCAACCACAUCAUUAGCUGCAGCCACAACUGAAGCUGCAACCACAACAGAAGCUGUAAGCACAUCAUUAGUUGCAACCACAACUGAAGCUCCUACCAAAAGUGAACCUGCAACUACAACAAAAGCUACAACCACAAAUGGAUCUGUAACCACAUCUGAACCUGGAACUACAACAGAAGCUGCAACCACAACUGAAUCUGCGACCACAACAGAAGCUGCAACUACAACUGAAGCUGCUACCAAAACUGAAGCUGCAACUAAAACUGAAAUUGCAACAGAGGCUUCAACCACUAUUGAUGCUUCCACAGAAGAUGCAACUACAACGAAAGCUCCAACCACAACUGAAGCUGCAACAACAAUAGAAAUUUUUAGUACAACAGAAGUUGCUACAACUGAAGCACCAAAUACAACUGAAGCUUCUACCUCAUCAUUAGCUGCUACGACAACUGAAGCAGCAACCAUAACUGAAGCUGCAACCACAACAGAAGCUGCAACCACAUCAUUAGUUGCUACCACAACUGAAGCUGCUACCGAAACUGAAGCUGUAUUCACAACAGAAGCUGCAACUGAAACUGCAACAGAGGCUGCAACCACUAUUGAUGCUGCAACAGAAACUACAACUAAAGCUCCAACCACAACUGAAGCUGAAACAACAACAGAAGUUUUUACUACAACAGAAGUUGGUACAACUGAAGCUCCAAAUACAACUGAAGCUUCUACCACAUCAUUAUCUGCAACCACAACAGUAGGUGCAACCACAACAAAAGCUGCAUCUACAACAGAAGCUGGAGUCACAACAAAAUCGACCACCACAACACAAGCUGCACCCACAACAGAAGGUGCAACCAUAACUGAAGAUACAAACACAACUGAACCUGCAACCACAGCAGAAUCUGCCAACACAACACGAACAGCAACUACAACAGAAGCAUUAGCUGAAACCACAACUGUGACUGCAACUAGAACUGAAUCUGCCACACAUGCUGUAACCACAACAGAAGCUGCUACCACAACAAAAGCUGGUAACAAAACUGAAGCUGCAAUCACAACAGAAGCUGUAACUAAAACUACAACUGCAACAGAGGCUGCAACCACUAUUGAUGCUUCCACAGAAGCUGCAACUACAACUGAAGCUGCAACAACAGAAGUUUUUGCUACAAGAGAAGUUGCUACAACUGAAACUGCUACCACAACUUUAGCUGCAACCAAAGCAGAAGCUGCAACCGCAACAGAAGCUGCAACCACAUCAUUAGCUGCCACUACAACUGAAGCUGCUACCAAAACUGAAGCUACAAUCACAACAGAAGCUGUAACUGAAACUGCAACAGAGGUUGUAACCACUAUUGAUGCUGCAACAGAAGCUGCAACUACAACUAAAGUUCCAACCACAACUAAAGCUGCCACAACUGAAGUAUUUACUACAACAAAAGUUACUACAACUGCAGGUGUUACUACAACUUUAACUGCAACCACAUCAUUAGCUGCAGCCACAACUGAAGCUGCAACCACAACAGAAGCUGUAAGCACAUCAUUAGUUGCAACCACAACUGAAGCUCCUACCAAAAGUGAACCUGCAACUACAACAAAAGCUACAACCACAAAUGGAUCUGUAACCACAUCUGAACCUGGAACUACAACAGAAGCUGCAACCACAACUGAAUCUGCGACCACAACAGAAGCUGCAACUACAACUGAAGCUGCUACCAAAACUGAAGCUGCAACUAAAACUGAAAUUGCAACAGAGGCUUCAACCACUAUUGAUGCUUCCACAGAAGAUGCAACUACAACGAAAGCUCCAACCACAACUGAAGCUGCAACAACAAUAGAAAUUUUUAGUACAACAGAAGUUGCUACAACUGAAGCACCAAAUACAACUGAAGCUUCUACCUCAUCAUUAGCUGCUACGACAACUGAAGCAGCAACCAUAACUGAAGCUGCAACCACAACAGAAGCUGCAACCACAUCAUUAGUUGCUACCACAACUGAAGCUGCUACCGAAACUGAAGCUGUAUUCACAACAGAAGCUGCAACUGAAACUGCAACAGAGGCUGCAACCACUAUUGAUGCUGCAACAGAAACUGCAACUACAACUAAAGCUCCAACCACAACUGAAGCUGAAACAACAACAGAAGUUUUUACUACAACAGAAGUUGGUACAACUGAAGCUCCAAAUACAACUGAAGCUUCUACCACAUCAUUAUCUGCAACCACAACAGUAGGUGCAACCACAACAAAAGCUGCAUCUACAACAGAAGCUGGAGUCACAACAAAAUCGACCACCACAACACAAGCUGCACCCACAACAGAAGGUGCAACCAUAACUGAAGAUACAAACACAACUGAACCUGCAACCACAGCAGAAUCUGCCAACACAACACGAACAGCAACUACAACAGAAGGUGCAGCCACAACAGAAUCUGUAACAACAGCAUUAGCUGAAACCACAACUGUGACUGCAACUAGAACUGAAUCUGCAACACAUGAUGUAACCACAACAGAAGCUGCUACCACAACACAAGCUGGUAACAAAACUGAAGCUGCAAUCACAACAAAAGCUGCAACUAAAACUGCAACUGCAACAGAGGCUGCAACCACUAUUGAUGCUUCAACAGAAGCUGCAACUACAACUAAAGCUCCAACCACAACUGAAGCUGAAACAACAACAGAAGUUUUUACUACAACAGAAGUUGCUACAACUGAAGCACCAAAUACAACUGAAGCUUCUACCACAUCAUUAGCUGCAACCACAACUGAAGCUGCUACCACAACUGAAGCAGCAACCACAACUGAAGCUACAACCAUAACUGAAGCUCCAAACACAACUAAUGCUGCAACUACAAUUGAAACUGUAACUACAGCAGAAGCUUUAACAGCAACAAAAGUUGCUACCAUUACUAAAGCUGCAACCACAAUUGAAGCUGCAACCACAACAGAAGAUACAAACACCACUGAAGCUGUUACAACAGAACCUGCAACCACAGCUGAAGAUGCAACCACAACUGAAGCUGCAAUCACAAAUGCAUCUGCAACCACAACAGAGACUCCAACAACAACAACCACUACAACAGAGACUUCAACAACAACAACCACUACAACAGAGGCUCCAACAACAACAAUCAUUACAUCAAAUACUCCAACAACCAUCACUACAACAGAGACUCCAACAACCACCACUACAACAGAGACUCUAACAACAACAACAACCAUUACAUCAGAGACUCCAACAACAACCACUACAACAGAGACUCCUACAAAAACAAUCACUACAACAGAUACUCCAACCACCACUACAACAGAGACUCCAACAACCACCACUACAACAGAGACUCCAACAACAACAACAACCACUACAACAGAGGCUCCAACAACAACAACAACCACUACAACAGAGGCUCCAACAACAACAAUCAUUACAUCAAAGACUCCAACAACCAUCACUACAACAGAGACUCCAACAACCACCACUACAACAGAGACUCCAACAACAACCACUACAACAGAGACUCCUAUAACAACCACUACAACAGAGACUCCUACAAAAACAAUCACUACAACAGAGACUCCAACAACCACCACUACAACAGCGAUUCCAACAACCACCACCACUACAACAGAGACUCCAACAACCACCACUAUAACAGAGACUCCAACAACCAUCACUAUAACAGAGACUCCAACAACUACCACUACAACAGAGAUUCCAACAACUACCACUACAACAGAGGCUUCAACAACCACCACUACAACAGAGACUCCCACUAUAACAGAGACUCCAACAACCACCACUACAACAGAGACUCCAACAACAACCACUAUAAUAGAGACUCCAACAACCACCACUACAACAGAGACUCCAACAACCACCACUACAACAGAGACUCCAACAACCACCACUACAACAGAGACUCCAACAACCACCACUAUAACAGAGACUCCAACAACUACCACUACAACAGAGACUCCAACAACCAUCACUAUAACAGAGACUCCAACAACCACCACUACAACAGAGACUCCAACAACCACCACUACAACAGAGGCUCCAACAACAACAACAACCAUUACAUCAGAGACUCCAACAACCACCACUACAACCGAGACUCUAACAACCACCACUAUAACAGAGACUCCAACAACCACCACUACAACAGAAACUCCAACAUCUACAUCCUUUAUAAUAGAGACUCCAACAGUCACAACAGAAGUUGUAGCAUCUACCACCAUGAAAAACAUUUCAUCAUCAGAUUUUCUGCUGUAUGGAGAGACAGCUGGUGACAUUUUGGCGUUGCUGGGGGAUGAUCUGCUGCUGGCGGUGGUUGAGAAUCCAGUGGGGUUUACAUGUGGAUCGUCGUUAUCUCAUAGUGUUUAUAUUUACACAAAUGGGUAUGUUACAUUGGGUAAUGACUUCAAUAGUGGAAGACCUCGUCUGCUCAUGGACCAGACUGAAUUGCAGGCAGAGAGUAUGGUGGCUCCUUUCUGGUCAGAUAUUGAUAUGUCGAGUGAUUCGCGUGUCUGGUACCACUUCUACAACAAAUUCUCGGCUAAAUCCUUGGUUAGCCUGCGUCAGGCCCAGUCUCUGAUUGUGCAGAACUACAAAGACCCUGCUGUGGCCUCUGGUUUUGAUCCUAACACGGCUUUAGUUGUGACGUGGGAGAAUGUUCGCCCAGCUCCAGCCUCCAUACAUUCGACACAGAGUGCCAGUUUCCAGCUGCUGAUAGCCAGUGAUGGAGUGACCACCUACACAGCCUUCCUGUUCAGACAGAUGGACUGGACUCCCCCCAAAUUGGCUGUGUUAGGUUACAGAUGUGGAAGCAGGGACUCGUACAGCCACCCAGCUUCUCUGACCACAGACCUGCUGCAGGGGGUCAUUUAUAGCGGUUACAAUAAUGGAGCUAAACAGGGCCUGUGGAUUUAUAAGUUGGAUACAAUGAACGACUUCAUAAACUAUGCUGUAAAAUGUUAUGAAUGGAUUCAGAACUAUGGAGGACCCUGGUUCCCAAUAGCCACAUGGGCCAAUUCAAUAUUAACAAAAUGUCCCUGCAUUGAAGAGAGGAUAAAGAAAGAUGGACGUUUUGUGCCAUAUCCUAAAAAUUCAAAUUGCUAUGUCCAGAAAUUCUCACCUGCUGGGUUUACAGGAACAAGGAAAUGCUGUUACACAAGAAACUCAACCCCUGCCACUCUGAUCAGCAGUGGAAGUGAGGCUGGUUUCAUAUAUGCAGUGCAUCCCAUCGAUAAUGCAUCAGAGGCCAAUCGGAGGGAUGAGGAACCACAUGACUAUUGCUGUGUUCGAUCCAACCUAUGUGCUGAAUUCCAGAGACUGAGGUUUUCUGAUAACUGCGAAUUGUACACUCCACUCACAUCAGGUUCUUCCUUUGGUGAUCCCCAUGUAAGAACUCUGGAUGGCCUGACCUAUACAUUCAAUGGACUGGGAGAAUACGUGAUGCUGACGAUGGUAGAACCCGCAACAAAUGCAACUCUGUUUGAAAUACAAACUCGCACGGCCCAAGCUGUCAAUGCCAAUGGAACAGUGAUCAAUGCCACGGUAUUCCAUGCGUUUGUAGUCAAGGAGAAAAAUGGAGGGCAAGCUCAAGUUGAAGUGAAUCUUGCAGAAACAGGAAUUAUUCUAUAUGCCAACAGAAUAGACGUCACACGUCAGUUCUAUGCCAGUGAAACAUACUCUCUCUACAUAGCGAAUUCAAUAUUUAUAAAAAGAAGUGGAACUAAUGGAGUGAAAAUGCUUUUCCCAUCAGGUAUUGUUCUUGGUCUGUCUCUGAAUCUUGGAAUGCUGGAAUUAACUACAAGUAUACCAGAUGACUUGUCCACAACUACAACAAACUACGGUCUUCUGGGAAAUAUUAAUGGAGACAUGAAUGAUGACCUUAUCACCCCCAGUGGAACUCUUCUUCCUUCAAACUCAACGGAAAGGGAAAUCUACUAUCACUAUGGGGAAUUAUGGAGAAUUGAUUGUGCCAAGUCUCUCUUUGUGUAUCAAAAUGACAUGACUUGUGCAUCAUAUCAACAAAGAAGCUUUACACCAAUGUUCAUGGAGGAUUUUAACCAGCAAGAAAUUAGCAGAGCGCAGGAGGUGUGCGGGGGACCUCAGAACUUUAACUGUAUAUACGACUUCCUAGCCACACAAAAUGAGGCCAUAGCAAAUGUUACAAAAACUGUAUAUCAGACAGCUCUGGAAGAAGAGAUCAGUGCAGCUAAUUCCAGGCCCUACAUUGAUGGAGUAAAUACUCUCUCUCCAGUAGUAGGACAGAACUUCACAAUAACAGCCACAGCCUCAGAUACUGAUGGCCACAAUCUGACAAUAGUGAUGCUGAGUCCAGUAAAAGUGACCUCCCCUACUUCACCUGGGAAUGUUACAUUUUCCUACAGCUACACUCCACAAGACAUGACACCUUAUGCAGUGGAAUUGUAUGCUGUUGAUAAUUUGAAUGGAGUGUCCAGGAUAUUGUCUAUAAAUGUGUACCAGUGUUAUGGCUGUAAUAACCAUGGCAACUGCAACCACUCCCUAGCAACAAUCACCAGUGUCUCCACGUUCUUCAUUGUGCCUUGUAGCUGUUACACAGGAUGGACAGGUGACUCGUGUGAGACUGACAUCGAUGGUUGUGCUGGUUCCCCAUGUGAUCCUCUCAGUAACUGUACAGACAAUUCAGCAGCCAGGCACCAGUCAACAGGAAGAGCUUUUGAGUGUUACAACUGCCCUAUGGGGUACCGGAUGACAGAGUCUUAUAAAUGUUUAGAUACUGAUGAAUGCUCCAACAGUUAUCUCAAUGACUGUAAACAGAUCUGUACCAACACAAUGGGGAGUUACUUAUGUUCUUGUUAUAGAGGAUACAGACUAGCAGGGACAACGUGUACAGAUAUUGAUGAGUGCACAGAAGGGACCAGUGGAUGUCAACACCAUUGUAUAAAUGCAGUGGGACACUACAACUGUUCUUGUGUUGAAGGCUAUUCUCUCCAGCCAGAUGGAGUCUCCUGUGUUAUGCAAAGGUCCGAACAGUCGUGUACCAGCAUGAGCUGUAGUCACGGAUGUUCUGUCAACAGCACAGGUUCACCAUACUGCUUCUGUAACCUAGGAUACAGUCUGCUGCCAGAUGGGAAAAAUUGCACAGAUGUGAAUGAAUGCCAGAGGAGUAGCCAGUGUCCUCAAGUGUGCUCCAACAUAGAAGGCAGUUUUACAUGCAGUUGUUUCAUUGGUUAUAAGCUACAAACUGACCAGGUUUCUUGCACAGGUUGUGACUCUCUGCAUUGGGGCUACAAUUGUAACACAACAUGUGACUGUUCCCAGAAUGCUUUGCGCUGUGACAGUGUCCGAGGAUGCGUGUGUAAGACUGGUUGGUCAGGAACCCUUUGUGAUACUAACAUCAAUGAAUGCGUAAAUUCGAGUUUGUGUUCAGCUACAGAGGUGUGUGUGGACAAUCCCGGUUCCUACAUCUGUCCGUGUAUUGCUGGAUACCAAAAGAAUGCCUCAGGAAUCUGUCACAAUGUGGAUGAAUGUUCCUCUGCCCUGGACAACUGUUCUGCCAUGGAGGCUUGUCAAGAUACACCCGGCUCAUUCCUUUGUCUGUGUAAAACUGGAUACCAGAGAAAUGUCACCACCAGCAGCUGUGAAGAUGUUGAUGAAUGUCAAGAAAGUACAGAUUCUUGCCUUCAGAGAUGUCACAAUGCAUUAGGGAGUUACUAUUGUACGUGUUACAGAGGGUAUCAACUUCAGGAUGACAGGAGGACAUGUAUAAAAUCCAGGAAUCCCUGCCUGGGUGCUACGGUGGAUGGAACCUGUGACACGAUCCACGGAGGAUGCACUGUCAACUCUUCCAAUGAUGCUUAUUGUUUCUGUAACUCUGGAUAUCAACUCCACACAAAUGGAUCAGGAUUCUCACUCUGUACAGAUGUCGAUGAAUGUGCCACUAAUGUCUCCACCUGUAGCCAAGCCUGUAGCAACACUGAAGGAGGAUAUGUCUGCUAUUGUAACCAAGGUUACGAACUGGCCAGUGAUGGGAAGACAUGUAGUCUUAUAACAACUUCAACAACCAAUGCAUCUUUGACAUCUUCACCUACUGCAUUAACCACUACUUCCACCACUCAAAUGUUAUCAUCUUUGACCUCCACAACACCACCAGUAACUGUAAACUCAACAACACAACCUGUAUUGACCUCAACAACACAACCAGUAACUGUGAUGUCAACAACACAACCAGUAAUUGUGAUGUCAACACCACCAGUAACUGUGAUGUCAACAACACAACCAGUAAAUGUGACCUCAACAACACAACCAGUAUUGACCUCAACAACAAAACCAAUAACUGUGAUGUCAACAACACAACCAAUAAAUGUGACCUCAACAACACAACCAGUAUUGACCACAACAACACAACCAGUAAUUGUGAUGUCAACACCACCAGUAACUGUGAUGUCAACAACACAACCAGUAAAUGUGACCUCAACAACACAACCAGUAUUGACCUCAACAACAAAACCAAUAACUGUGAUGUCAACAACACAACCAGUAAAUAUGACCUCAACAACACAACCAGUAUUGACCUCAACAACAAAACCAAUAACUGUGAUGUCAACAACACAACCAGUAAAUGUGACCUCAACAACACAACCAGUAUUGACCUCAACAACGAAACCAGUAACUGUGAUGUCAACAACACAACCAGUAAAUGUGACCUCAACAACACAACCAGUAACUGUGACCUCAACAACACAACCAGUAACUGUGACCUCAACAACACAACCAGUAAAUGUGACCUCAACAACACAACCAGUAACUGUGACCUCAACAACACAAAUUGCCUCAACAACCAAUUGGUCCACAACUAUGACGGUUAUAUCACACAGUCCACCAACUCUCCCCUUGACAACUACAAUGUCUACACAGCCAGCUGUUGACUCAAUAUUGCUACCAUACGGGUCAGUACAAGUAGACAACCAGGCUACAACAGGAGAUGAUGCAGUGCAUGCAGUAGUGUUCAACCCAGUGGGAUUCAUGUGUGGCUGCUCAAUCAGCAGGAAAAUUUAUAUUUAUUCUAAUGGCUAUAUUUCUGUUGAUGAGAGAUUUGAUGACAGAAAACCAACACUUCUGUCGGGCACAUUUGGAACAGCAGUCAAUAAGAUGCUGGCUCCUUUCUGGACAGACAUUGACCUGACUUAUGGCUCAGGUAUCUGGUAUCAGCUUUAUCAGAAGUUUGGAGAGCGAGAUGAUGGUGCCGUCCUGGACGGGGUGAAGGAUCACAUUGUUAACAACAUAAAAGAUCAAAAAGAUGUGAUUUCAUUCGAUCCUAACACUGCUCUGGUUGUUACCUGGGAGAAUGUAGUGCCCUCUCCAAGGUCACUUUAUUCAUCAAAGAAUGCCACGUUCCAGCUGGUUGUUGCCAGUGAUGGUGUAGCCACAUACAUCUCCUUCCUAUAUCACUCAGUGCACUGGGAUGCUACAAAUCCUGCAGUGAUGGGGUUCAGGUGUGGAGAUGACCUGUCUAAUACCUACAGCCACCCCACCUCACUCUCCAGUCGAUUCUACCAAACAGUCUCAGACCAGGGAUACAAUAGGAACAAUGUGAGUGGCCUUUGGAUAUACAGAUUAGACACUUGUGCCAAGGCAGAAGACAAUUUCCGUGCUAAAUGUUACUCCUGGCUGACAUUGGACAGCGUUUUACAGCAGAGUCAGGUGACGCAGGCGAACUCCCUUCUCCCGGUGUGUCCCUGUAAUACUGUCCAGGCUAACCUGGACUCGCAGUUUGUUCAGUCCCGGGCUGAAUCCAACUGUUACUUUGUACAAUCAUCUCCAGCUAAUACUAACUACACAAGGAAAUGCUGUUACUCUUCGUGGGGGUCUCUGCUGUUUUCCUCCCCUGGAGCUGGGUAUGUGUUCUUGUACAAUCCCCUCACUCUCCCCUCCAUGGCUGCUGACACUGAUGUGAAGCCCUAUACCUGGUGCUGUAGGGAAGCCAGAAUGUGUGAAGACUUCUACAUCCAACGCCCCUCUGACAACUGCUACAAUUACAGACCAGUUUCCUCAGCUGCAGUCUCCCCAGUGAUAAGUUACUACCCGCUGAGACUGACCGCCACAGUAGGAGAAAUGAUGGACAUCACGGCUAUAGCCCAGGUCGAGGGAAAUGACUAUGUUAGUUUGAUCCUGUCUGGAUCUGUUAGUGCUAACAUCACAGAGAGAGGAAUGUCGGCUGUUCUGUAUAGAUGGACUGUGAAGGACACCUCUCCUAAAUCUUUACAGAUUUAUGCUGUGGGUCAGAAUUCCAUUGUGUCGGCGUCAGUGGUCCCGGACAUCAUUCUGUGUCCAGGUUGUAGUGGACAUGGUGCCUGUAACUUUGACAACGCUGUCCCACAGGAACAGUCCUCGUUCUUCCUUGUGGAGUGCGACUGUGAAGUAGGAUGGGCAGGUUCAACUUGUAAUGUGGAUGAGAAUGGCUGCCUUGGUGAUCCCUGUAACACAAGUGCUGACUGUCAGGAUCUAACGCCCUCGGUUCAAAAGGCUGAAGGACUGACCUACCAAUGUUCUGCUUGUCCCCAGGGGUACACCCUGUCCAGCUCUCUAAAGUGUAUUGAUAUUGAUGAGUGCAGUCUAUAUUCAAAUCAGUGCAGUCAGAGGUGCUUGAAUACAGAUGGAUCUUUUGUUUGCGACUGUGAGGUGGGGUAUCGACUCCAUGAAGACCAGUGCCUUGAUGUUGAUGAAUGCAGAGAGAGAACAAGUGGAUGUGACCAUCAGUGUGUUAACACACUUGGAUCGUACCACUGUGUGUGCUCCGUGGGGUAUCAGCUACAAACAGACGAACGAUCCUGUCUGAAAGCCUCUCCAGAAGCUCUAUGUAUUGCUCAACAGUGUCAGCAAGGAUGUAGAAUUACAGACUCAGGAGAAGCAGAGUGCUUUUGUUACCUUGGUUACAGAAAACAACCAGACUCAGCUUGUGAAGAAAUCAAUGAGUGUCUGAAUAGAAUUUGUCCACACACUUGCCAGAACACCAAUGGAAGCAUUGAGUGUAGCUGUUAUGAUGGGUAUACACUUCAGACAGACCAUAGAUCAUGUCAAGCAUGUGAUCUUGAUCAUUGGGGACAUAAUUGCAAGAUGUCAUGUGACUGCACUCAUCAUUCCUUGUACUGUGACAAUGUGAUUGGCUGUGUGUGUAAGGCUGGCUGGACUGGGAGAUAUUGUGAGGAUAAUGUCAAUGAAUGUGAUGAUGCUAGCCUGUGUCAGUCACCUGAGAUUUGUAAGGACACCUACGGUUCAUAUGCCUGUGUCUGUGAGAAUGGGUACCAGAGGAAUGCCAGUACAGGACUUUGUGAAUAUUACAGUGCCUGCAGUUCUUGGGCUGUGAAUGCAUGCCCGUUAAAUGAGGUGUGUGCGGACUUCACAGGUGGUUACACCUGUCUCUGUGCCAGAGGAUUUAGGAGAGUAAAUGGCACUUGUCAAGAUUUGGAUGAAUGCACAGAAAUGACACACACCUGUCAACAUGAUUGUGUAAAUACAGCUGGAAGUUAUAGGUGUUCAUGUAAAAUUGGAUACACUCUUCACAUCAAUGGAAGAGAAUGCUCCCCACAAAUCUUUAAUCCCUGUAGAGGAAAUUACAAGUGGAACUUCUGUGACCAUACUUAUGGAGGGUGUACGACAGACGAUGGGGGAGGUCCCGAGUGUUUCUGUAGAGCUGGCUAUUCUCCUGUACAAAGAGAUAACUUUACUCUCUGCAAUGAUGUUCAGGAAUGCUGGAUGGGUAUCUCUGGCUGUUCCAAUGGUUGUAUGAAUACCUGGGGUGGCUUCAGAUGUACAUGUCCUGUAGGAUUCACUUUGGACACUGACAGCAAGACCUGUAUUAGUUGUGUGUCUUUGGGAACAUGGGGAGAUAACUGCAUGAAUUCCUGUGAAUGUGGGCGUGGCGCUGUAAGAUGUGACCCUGUGACAGGAUGUGUUUGUAACGAGGGCUGGAUUGGUCUCCACUGCUCACAACAUGUCAACAACUGUAGCAACACCUCAUGUGGUUCUCAUCAAAGGUGUAUUCAUGUCAACUUUACAUAUUCCUGUGUCUGUGAAGAAGGUUUCAAACAGAACUCCAACAAUCUGUGUCAAGAUAUUGAUGAAUGUUCCUCUAACCAAAACCUUUGCACACAAAGGUGCAUCAACACAGAAGGAAACUACAGGUGUGCAUGCACUGAUGGAUUCCAACUGGCAUCAGACAACAGAACUUGUGAAGAUGUGGAUGAGUGUAUGCUACAUGUAUCAGACUGUCACCAACAGUGUCUGAAUACGAUAGGAGGGUUCUACUGUUUCUGUUAUGAUGGAUUCAGUCUCUAUGGCUCAAACAGGUGUAUUAAAGAUGAAUCUAGCUCCCCAUGUGUUGCCACUGGUGAUUCCUGUGAAUAUGGAUGUAGAGUGGAAGGAGGUCUUGCUUUCUGUUUCUGUCCUUUUGGGUACUUGCUGAAUGCUGACCUGACAACAUGUUUGUAUAUAAAUUCAACGGUGAAUGUAAAUUUGGUGACCAACAUAACGUUUGAAUCCGAGUACAGUGAUCCAUCUUCAAUACUCUACAAAAAUCUCAAAGAGGACGUAGAAAUUCAGUUUCAGGCCCUCUUCAUGAACAUGCAAGAUCUGCACUCCAUUCAAAUUCUUAAAAUAAGUGAAAACUGCACAAUAUUUGAUCUACAAGUGAGGUUUGAUACCAAUGUUAGCGGUGCGUUGGAGACCAGGUUGACGACAGUGCUACAGAAUGUGUACCAAUCAGGACUACAUAUACAGGACAAGAAUUAUGCCAUAAUACAGGAACCAGUCACGUCUAUACCGUACACACCUGCCCCCUGUUUACUGUGUCUUGCCACGGAGAAAUGUUAUAUCCAGGUGAAUUACAAAUUUUUGUGCAGUAAAUGCCAGUACCACAGUGUCUCUAAAAAUAACAACAGCUGAGAGUUACAAGGCGUUCAUGGCCGACACGACAGAUAUAAGAUUUGCCUUGUUCGAGGAUUCUGUAGUAACAGCUCUAAAGGGACUGAAUCUGCCAGUUAGGGAAAUCCAGUUGUUGUCAAUUUUAGCUCUGUCAACAGGAACAAAAUUGUAUGUUACAUUUCUCCUGGACUCUUCCGUUUCUCCUGAAUUGAUUACCCAGAUUGCCAAUAAAGU